AUGGAGCACCUGGCUCACGCCCGGGAGGCAGCCGGUUCCAAAACUAAUGCAAUCAACGCUAACCCGGUGUUUGCAGCCUACGUGUUGUGUGGCGCCCAGGCGAAGGAUGCUGUGAGGCUCACACUGGAACAGAUAGAUGUGAUCAACCGUAUGUGUACAGAGAACCCAGAACUGGAGCUAGUUACAUCUGCCAAAGGUACAAUAUACCAGGGAGAUAACUGGCGCAAGGUGUAUGUUUUUUACUCGUCAGCAGAUAUGCACAAUGACGUGCAUAGAGCAGAUCUCUCUCUCUCUCUCGCUCUCUCUCUCUCUCUCCCUCUCUCCCUCUCUCUGUGUCUUUCUCUCUCUCAGGAUGUGGUGAAGGAGAUGAACAGAUUGGGGAUGAUAGUAGACCUGUCCCAUAGUUCCUGGGCCACAGCCAGGGCAGUACUGCAGAUCUCUAAGGCUCCAGUUAUUUUCAGCCACUCCUCAGCCCAUGCCAUUUGUAACCACAGCCGCAAUGUUCCUGAUGACCUGCUCCGCGAACUGAAGGAGAACGAGGACUCAUCAUGGUUAAUCUGCACAGUGGAUGUCUCCAUCGUGGCUGACCAUUUUACCCACAUUAGGAAGGUGGUUGGAUCUGAGUCAAUAGGAAUAGGAGGGGACUUUGAUGGAGCUUCUAAGUUUCCUCUUGGAUUAGAGGAUGUGUCCAAGUAUCCCACUCUGAUCCAGGAGCUGCUGAAGAGACACUGGACAGAGAACGAGUUGUCCGGGGUCCUCAGACACAACUUCUUACGUGUGUUCAAGGAGGUCGAGAAAGAGCGUGACAGGCAGAAAGCGAAAGGAACUCUCCCCAGUGAAGCUCAGAUCGACUUGGCUGAGGUUCAGAACCCCUGCAGACUGGUACUCAGGCGACCUGACCACCAGACGACAAAGAUGGAACAGAUGUACUCCAAGGGCCACAGUGAACUGGUGGUCCCCAGGAGUCUGGUCUGGACCAUGGUUAUUCUAAUCUCCUGCCUCUGUGUCCUGAUGGACCAUUAAGACUAUAAUAUGGCCUUGAUUCAAUCAGAUCCAGUGGUAACCCGUGUUGACCGAUAUCCCCAUAGCGGAUGUUUUGGCAGUAUUGGAGGUGUAGCUGCAGUGUGAGCUGACAAAUAAGUGUGUGGCUGCUCUUUUGUGUCACCAACCACUCCCUUCCUUAUUAUCCCUACGCAUUAGAUGUUCAAAAGGACAAAAGAAAGUGCAGGCUCUAUCGACAAUAGAUAUUAUGAAAUGCAUGUUUUCAUUUUAAUUUGGAUGGGGGGGAUUUAUCAGUCUAUGUAGACAAUAGACCAUUACGCGUUAGAGUGUUUGAACUUGUAAUGUGGCAACAUUAACUUCUAACUCGGCUGCAUGGGAUUUGUCAGAUAUAAAGUCUGUGUGGUUUCAUUUCAUCCAAUGACAGUGUACGUGAUAAUGUAACAUAAGGAGCAGUUCUAACACAGUUCCACCUUCGACACUGCCAAAACAACCGGAUGUCGGCUAGCACGGAUCUGAGUCCCGGCACCUCAAAUUCUCUACUGCUUGAGCUCGUUUUACUCAUAUAGAAUAUUAGCUCAAAAGUAUAGUGGAGCUCCUGCACCUAAAUAUAAACAGUACUUGCACCCAAAAUGAGUACCGGAACCUAUUUAGUAGUAUUACUAGUGUUGUAUUACAAUACACUAUCCACUACAAACAUGUUUCUCCGACAGUGACAAGCCUAGCUUUAACGUGUUUACUGUGUCACUUGCUUACAUGUGAUCUUCCCUACAAAGAACUUUACCUAAUUUUUAGUUUUGGUCAUUCUGAUCAUGAAGGAGUUGUAUAUUUACACAAUGCUCUGCACGCACUUUAUACUAUAUUACAUUGAGUUUCAUGUAACAAUCACUUUUAACUCUUUUUACAUAUCUCAUUCUAAAAAUAUCUGUGUUAUGUUUGUUUAAUGAUACAAUCAAGGCCACAAGGUCAUACUGAGGCAUUUACAAACUAUCUGUAUUUCUCUGAGGACACAGACCUUGAUGUCCAUCACACAAACCUGGGUUUCACAAUGAAACUGCUUCAUAGAAAGACCAUUUCAUCUUAAAAUUAACAUUCAUGUAACAUUURCUCACAAGGGUGUGCAGUGAAACAGUAUGUAACAUGUUAAUAUACUGUAAUGCCUCCUACAAUCAUCUCAGGAAUGUUGUAUUCUGUAUUCAUAGGUUAUAUCGUAUUUAUUUUGCCUUUCUCUUAAGUAAAUAAUGCUUUGAGUUUUC